UCAAAAUAUAUUUUUUUUAAAUCUGGCAAGUUGGUCUAGUUGCAAGGUUGCCAGAAGGCAUCCGAAACCUUUCUUUGCCCAGAAGUAAAAUGCAUUCUUUUUCAUAUACCUUAAAGUAUGCAAAUCAUUUCACAAACAGUUCUUAACAUCACUUUAUAACAUCUGUAAAUUACCUUGUAACAUCUGUAAUUUAUUACCAAAGCAAGAAAAGGCACGUGCUUUGAAGAGACAUGGCGCAAGCACUGAAAUCAUUCUGAAUGAAUGCAUAAUUAGUGUGAACCUUCAAAUAGACUUGCUACAACUUGCUGUGCCAUGAUUUUUAUAAUAAUGGAACUCGCAGUGCUAAGGUACUCUUUCUAUCUUCUUCCAGAAUUUCCCGUUUCACCACCUCCUCAAACUCAUGAAACAUCAACAACAAAAGCACCUGUUCGUGGCACCACUCGUAGCCUCAUCUGUCUUACCAAUGAGGCAGUUGGUGUUGUGAAAUAUCUGACAAGAGAUCUGUGUGACUUUGUCAUCUAUAGCUUUGUCAAGUACAAUGAUGCUGACCAUAAAUUUGUGCCCAGAGAUGACAAUGACUUUCAAAAGUUUAUUUCACAUAACACUGACCGAGCACCUUAUUUUAUUGCUGAGGUGGACUCGCUCAGCAUUGAUAUGCUGCAAGGAACUGAUUUGGAGCAGUUUAUGAAAAGCCUGGAUGCAUGGAUUGACGGAAAUGAACUGAAAGGAAUUGCCCUGUUUUGUCAAGGUCACCAGAAUGACCUGAACAAUCUAAUAACCAUAGUUCAGGAUGUCUACACACACUUUCAGAACACCGAUAAAAGCCUAAAAUUGAUAGUUGGUGUCGACCAUAUUACCCCAUUUGAAACACGCAUUCCUCGUGAAUUUGCUGGGUACUGUGACUUCUUGAUUUUGAUGGCACAUCCACGGGAGCCACCUGGAGUCUGUGCCGUGGACUUCCCAUCUCGUGCUUAUGAGGAAGCAGACUACAAGUUUGCUUUCCAACUGUGGUGGGAAUCGAGGAGUCACACCACUGCCUGCUUUUCCAUCAACUUGGCUGUGCGCUCAUUUCUCAUAGCUAAGAGAAGAGAGACAGAAGUCUGCACCAAAGAAACUCUGCAGAAGUAUGCUACGGCUUGCAAUGCUACAUUAGACCACCCUCUGAAGAAUAGGACUCUGGCUGAAGUGAAGUACAUGCCUGGAAAGCAUCAAGUUGUGUCAUAUGAAGGAAUAUCAUCAUUGGAACACAUGAUGUCAAUCUUGGACAGAAAAGUGGAUGACCUCUGUGUCGCAGCUUUCCGCGUGGACUUAGAAGACACAAAAAAAGAAUGUGCAACAACUGAAGAGCCUAUGCCACGGCUAUCUCUGAUCAGAAAUCUUUUGCACCCAAAAAAUGCCACGAAUGAGAGUGCAGAGGCUUCUACAGAAGCUUCAGUGCCUCCAAGCCGAAAGCGUCGCGAUGCAAAGAAACAUGCUCUCAUUUGUGUGACCACAUCUGCAGAUACACUUCCCUUCCUCAGUGAUCCUCUCUGCACUCAUCUUGUCUAUUCAUCAAUAUCCUAUGACAAGGAAGGCCAUGCAUACAUUCCUGCAAAUGAAAAAGCUUUCCGGAACUUUCUUGCAAGCAGGAAGGAAGGAAGUCCUCUACUUUUGGCUGAAGUCGAUAGCUGCAGCAUCAAUUCAUCAAGCAAGAGCACUGCACAUCAGAAUUCUCCCCAGGAACUUGCUGACUGGGUUCACACCACUGAUCUGAAUGGUGUUGCAAUCUUUAUGAAGGCUGAUGUGAAUGGCACUGAUGAGUGGAUUGAUGAGUGGGCUGACUUAGUAGAUAGACUGUCAAAACAGUUUCACACUGACCAAGCACGGCUCGUGCUUGUAAUUGGUGUAGAUUUGAGAAGUCCAUACAGCGCUGCCUUGAGUGAGGCAUUCACUGGAAAAGCAGACUAUUUAGUUCUUAUGACGAAUAUCAGGCAGCCUGAAGUACCCUGCAAAGUGGGCUUUCCUUCCAGACCUCACAGUGAAAGCGACACUGCACGAAUGAGCAAAAUUGUGCAGCUGUCCAAAAACGCGACUGUCCCCUGUGUCACAUUUAACCUUGCAGUUCGGAAAUUUCAUUUGGUGCAACCAGGACAGAUUCAAGAUAUGUGUGACGAAGAACACUGGGUGGACUACUCAGAGACUUGCCGAACAAUGCAGAAGAAUGGUAACAAUCUCUACGAAACCCGCUACACAUCGGAUGGUACUGAAGUAUUGACAUAUGAAGGGAAGGUUUUCAUCCAACAAAAGAUGUCGCAUUUGACUGGCUUUGAACCAGACUUCUGUGUAACAGUCUUUGAAAUAGACCGGGAGAACCCCAGAGACAAUUGUCCAUCUGAAGGAGUACCCUUCUGGCGGUUACAUCUCAUCAGUGACUAUCUUUUCGACACGGAAAAGAUAAAUCAUGAAAUGGAAUCCUCAUCAUCCAAACCAGAAGAAGUUACACCGGAGCUUGAAGUUAAGUCAACAUCAACAGGUUGGUACUCGGAGACAAAGGAGCCGUUUACUUCAACAAGUGAGGACCAUGUCCACAGAAAGGCUCCAAGAUUCAGCCUAAUCUGUGUGGCCAGCAUGGUAGAUACAUUGCAAUACCUUGUGGAUGAAGUCUGCAACUAUGUUGUGUACUCCAGCAUUGCCUACAAAGAUGUAGGUCACAAGUUUAUGGCAUCAAAUGCACGAGCUUUUCACAGCUUUCUGGCCCUGAAAAAGGGCAAGGUUUCACCACCGUUUCUGGCUGAAGUGAAUGCCCUAAAUAGUGCAGGUGCUUUAGAGAAGGAAAACAAGGCUGAGAGUUUCAUCCGUGCCCUUCUUAGCUGGAUGCGAAAAAACGAACUCGAUGGUGUUGCACUAUCUUACGAUACAUUUGUGACUAAUGCAGAAACCUUCAAGAAUGUAGCUAAGAAAGUAUGGCAGCGUUUUCAAAAAGUUUCUGUGAGACCCGUACUUGUACUCAGUGUUAACUACAUGAGAAGUCAUGAAACCAGUUUAUCAGAUGAACUCGCUGGUAAUUGUGACUUUUUGAUACUUAUGACACACGUAAGAAGACCUCAGCGCCCAUGUAAAGUUGGCUCCCCAUCCAGGCUGCAUACCAUGGAAGACAGCGAUUACAUGGUUCGACUUUUAGAAGCAUCCAGGAAUAUGACAUCUCCUUGUAUUUCUAUGAACAUGGCAGUUCGGGAUUUCUUCAUUGGAAAAGCAGCUGAAGAGAAAGAAAACUGCAAGGCUGAGAGUUGGCUGAGAUAUAAUGCGGUCUGUGGCAUUGAUACCGAAAGAACCGAUGGCAUGUUUGAAGUUGCUCAUACAGAGAACAAAACAAAUAUCCUUACCUUUGAAAGCAAAGUGUCCAUUCAGCACAGGAUGUCAAAGCUACUGGGUGAAGUGCCAAACUUCUGUGUGGCUGCUUUCCGAGUGGAGAUGGAAGAUGCACAAAAUGAUUGCCCAAGUCUGGGGAAGCCUUUUUCAAGGCUGCUGUAUAUCAAGAAUCUCCUGGGCACAGCCAAAGAAGCAUAUAAACUACGACGAAGCAUCCCACUUAAGGGAAGACGAAAAGCUGAGCAUGACGCCUCACGAAGCAUCAUCUGCAUACACGAUUCUUCUGGACCUACUCUGAGGAAAGCUGUGAUGAAAUUGUGCAACUACAUUGUGUUUACAUUUGUUCAUCUUGAUUUAGCUGGUGUACCAGUUUCAGGAAAGAUGCUCGAAAGCUUUCUUGCGAUUACACGGCAAACCAAAACUCAGGCUCUGGCAGCUCUUGACCCUUCUUUUAUUGAUGCCUUGAACAUUGGAGACACAAGGUUUUUGCGACCACUGUCCACAAAGCUAAAACGCUGGGCAAGUGAAAAAAAACUGGCUGGCCUGGCGUUGAUUCCUCUGAUUUCAACCGACAUAAGUGCAGUGGCAGAACUUUCGAAUGCAAUCUGGACUGCUUUUCAACACUCAUUGGAAGACCAUAAGGUUUUAAUAGUUGGUGUUCAUGCCUUUGAAGUUGAUGAACAUAUUUUGCAACGCCUUGGCCGCGCUUGCGACUUUCUUGUCUUCAUUAAUCAAGAAGUAAAGCCUGGCCCAGUAUGUCGCACACACUAUCCAGCUAUGAGGAGGCUAGUGUACCAGGACUUUGUGCACAUGAAAAACAUUUCCAGUGCAGUUUCACAUACUUGCCUUUCUGUCAACCUGGCUGUGUUGGGCUUCCGUAUGGCACGGUCAUCUGACCAACAAGUGCGCAUUGGAGACCGCUGUGUCGAGCAGAAAUGGACAAGUCUCUCUGAGGUCUGCCCGACAGGUAGCGAGGAAGAAACCAUUGAACCAGGUUUAGAGGGCUUGGUUCAGAGCAACAACACCUAUGUCAUGAUCUUUGAAACCAAACGAACAGCUUAUGACAAGGUGGUCAAGUUUCUUCAAGCACACCCUGAUGGCUGCAUUGCUGUCUUUGGGUUCAACUUUGAUGACCUUGAUGGCCACUGUUCGAAUGAGCAAGCUUUUCCACGUGUUCGCCUCAUAGCAGAUGUUAUGUCCAAGAACAAGAGUUCGCUGUUUUCUACAGCGACAAAGUACAGAGAUGAGCAUGCAAAGGAACCAGAAUUCAAGCACUCUUCUUUGCUGUGUGUGUUUUCGGAAUCUGCACGACUAACAGACAACUUCCCUGGAGAACUGUGCAACUACCUUGUGUUCCAGUCAGUCGAGUAUAUGUUAGCACUGGACAGGGUUGCUAUCCACAAUGAAGCCAUUUUCAGAAAGUUCAAGCGCCUUCCAAGGAACUCUGGAACGUGGAUGCUGGCUGCAAUGACCCAGUUCUCAUGGCUCAAGAGAGCAGCCACGCGGUCCGUUUUCACCAACCUGUUUGUGAAGGCGACAAAACACUGGGUCCUGCAGCAGAGGCUGCAUGGCAUUGCCAUGUUCCCUGAAGCGUUAUUACCACCAAAGGUGUUCUUGGAGGUUGCAAAGAGAACAUACUGGGCAUUUAAGAAUAAGCCCAUGGCUUUGGGCCUUGUCAUUGGAGUUCCAGCAAAAGAGCGUCACCUGACAAUAUGGAAGAGGCUGAGCAGAUUCUCGGAUGUAAUAGUGUUUACCAUGCAUCACUCAGCACCAAGUGACCUCUGUCAAAUCAACUUUCCUUCUGUAGAACCCUUCAGUAGCAGGCACCUUGAAGAAAUGGCAACCAUAUCCCGAUAUGAACGACACCACGCUGUGGUUUGUAUGUCUGUAAACCUGGCUGUUCAGCAUUUCCGAACAAGCAGACCUGCGCACGUUGGAGACCAUUGCAUCCGUGAAGAGUGGGAGGACUAUUCACAGGCUUGUGCUAAGAUAAGUUCUAAAGCAACGGUAAACUGGGAAUGGUUGUCUGCCAUCUCUUCUGAUGUCACUGUCACACGCACAUUUGAAGUACCGAGGACACUUACAAUGAAGGCCAACCAGUUCUUGCAUCUGAAUCCCAAGGGGUGCUUAGCAGUGUUCAACGUGGAUUAUGAUGAUCCAUACGGCACCUGCCCAGAAAAGCAGCCAUUUCCUCGCCUUAGUACACUGGCCAACUUGAGGCACGCUUUUGGUUCAAGGCACAAUGACUGAGACAUGGCCACUGGGUUUCCCACAGUUCAUAAAAAUGAUUUUGUUGUUAAAUAAAAGUGUUCGUUGUGACAAAUAG